AUGCCGAAUAAGAAAGAUGUAGACAACAUCACUAUAGGUGAAGUUCUAUCUGCAAAAAUAAAGCACAACGUAUUUUUUUUAAAGAUAGAAACAAAUGCUAGAUUCAAAUUUGAAAAAGUAACAUUAAGUGACACAUAUCAAUGCAUAAAAAGUUUAAAAAAUACGAAUUCUGCUGGUGCAGAUAAUAUAAACUCAAAAAUUUUAAAAGAAUCUAUAAAUGAAUUGGUACACUACAUUAGAGACUUGAUUAACACGUCUUUUGAACUUGUAACAUUUCCCAAAGCAAGUAAGAAUUGUAAAAUUGUGCCGAUAUAUAAAAAGGGUGAUGUAAGUGAUAUUGACAACUUCAGACCCAUAUCUGUAUCAUCAGUUAUAAUCAGUAAAAGACAAUACGCAUUUAGGGAAAAUUCUAAUAUAAAUACCACUUUGUUUGAUGUAAUUUCUUAUAUAGAGCAACAAAUAUGUGAAAAAAAGAAAAUUGGUGUUAUGUUUUUCGAUAUGAAUCAAAAUGACGAUUUUAAUAACAUGUAA